AUGGAGUCCAGGAUCCGCCUAUCCAAUCACGAUUACUCUGUCGGAUGGAUAUGCGCGUUGCCGGUGGAGACGGCCGCUGCGAAGCUGAUGUUGGACGAAGAACAUCCCCCCUUACCUCGUCAGCCAACAGAUCAGAAUACAUAUAUUCUUGGACGCAUCGGGGGACACAACAUUGUCAUUGCUAGCUUGCCGAGUGGAGCAUAUGGCAGCACGUCGGCUGCAACAGUUGGGACGCAGUUGUUGUCUAGUUUUCGCUCCAUCCGCAUUGGUCUACUAGUCGGCAUCGGAGGAGGAGUACCAAGUGGCAUUGCGGAUAUUCGACUAGGGGAUAUAGUAGUGAGCCAACCGACGGACACUUGUGGAGGCGUAAUCCAAUACGAUCUUGGUAAAACGUUGAACGAAGGUAAUUUCCAGCGGAUCGGGAUGCUCAACCGGCCACCUAAAACUAUGUUAACUGCCCUAACUACCCUCCGAGCACAUCACUACACGAAAGGUAGUAGAAUAUCUGAGUUCGUCUCCAAUGUCCAAGCCAAAAUGAUGCCCCACAAUGCAGAAAUCUUCACGCGACCAAUCCAAGAGGACCUUUUAUUCCAAGCAGACUAUGAUCAUGCCCAAUCUGAUUUGUGUGUCAAUUGCGAUCGAUCUAAACUGCUUCGGCGGCCCACACGAGGCCAUCAAGAACCAGUCAUCCACUACGGACUUAUUGGAUCUGCUAAUCAGGUGGUGAAGGAUGGGAAGCGGCGGGAUCAGCUAGCCCGGGAAUUUGGCAUAUAUUGUGUGGACAUGGAAGCCGCGGGACUCAUGAAUGAUUUUCCAUGUCUGGUCAUUCGGGGCAUCUGUGAUUAUGCCGACUCACACAAAAGUAAAGAAUGGCAAGGAUAUGCGGCAGCAGCGGCGGCAGCUUAUGCGAAAGAGCUUCUCUUGAUAGUCCCAAUCGAUCAAACCAACAGUAUCCUAACCGCACGAGAAACUCUUGCAGACCGCGAUGCUUGCUUCAACGUCCCGUUCAAUAUAACCGCUGUUCUAGUGAUUGAGAAUUUCCUAGGACGGCAGGACGAGCUAGAUCAACUCUGGGAGUAUUUACGACCCACGGAUUUGCAAUCACGAAAAGUCGCUAUUCUCCAUGGCCUUGGGGGAAUAGGGAAGACACAACUGGCGAUUCGUUUCGCGCGAGAUCAUAAACAUGAUUUCACUGCUAUCUUUUGGCUAAGUGGCAAAGACCGAGGCACGCUUUUACAAUCUCUAAGCUCAAUCUUGCCCCUGUUACCCGGACAGUCCUUGAAUAACGAGGAGGCGAAUAAAAAGGAGAUAGAACAACGGGCUAUGAAAGUGUUACGGUGGCUAGCAAUAGAGGGAAACUCACGCUGGCUAAUCAUUUUUGACAACAUUGACCAAUACUCCCCCUCCGGCACUGUUGGUGACGCAUAUGAUAUCGGAGAAUUUUUCCCCGCCGCCGAUCAGGGUUCUAUUCUUAUUACUACUCGCCUUCAAAGCUUGGCUGAGUUAGGGAAAUCUUUCCCAAUCAACAAACUUGAAUCUAAUGAUGCAAUCCAGCUGCUCUUGCAAAGCAGUCGCCUCUCAGCACGAAAUACUACCCCAGGCCUUGAGAGCGAUAUAGGUCGUCUAGACGGACUUCCAUUAGCGAUUGUCAUCGCUGGGGCCUUUAUGCGUGAAACUGGAAUCAAUACCACAGAGUAUUUGGAGUAUUACCAAGAAUCAUGGUCCGACCUACAGCUGCAGUCGAGUCCUAUACGCCAGUAUCAACAAGGCAACAUGCUGCAGACAUGGAUGAUCUCGUAUUAUGAGAUCAAAAAGCGGGAUACAGACGCAGCGAAGCUGCUAUUGCUGCUUGCCCACUUUGAUAAUCGAGAUCUCUGUUCAGAUGUCCCACUGUGGCUCAAGAGGAUCACGGCAAGCGGCCUUGCAUUUAAUCUAAGGAAGAUGGCACUCAUAGCUGUCGGACACGCUAUCCCUGAAGCAAGGGAUAGAAAUUAUCCUGAACUUCAGCAACGGCUAAUUCCGCAUGCACGUCACGUCUGUCGUGGGGAUUGGUUUAACUGUGAUUUUGCGAUUUGGGGAGCAUUUCAUGGUUUAGGAGAGCUAUACUUCGAGCAGGGGAGUCUAAAAGAGGCAGAGGAGAUGUUCCAGCGAGCGCUGUUAGGCAGGGAGAAGACCCUUAGUCCGGAACAUACGUCCACUCUUGACACAGUCAACUGCCUCGGUAAUCUCUACAAAGAGCAGGGGAAGCUCAGAGAGGCAGAAGAGAUGUACCAGCGAGCACUUUUGGGUAGGGAGAAGGUCCUUGGUCCGAAACAUACGUCUACUCUGGGCACAGUCAACAAUAUCGGCAAUCUCUGCGUUGCGCAGGGGAAGCUAGACCGCGCAGCUGAGAUGUACCAGCGAGCACUGUCGGGGAGGGAGAAGACUCUCGGUCCAGAAUGUCCGUCCACUCUCAGCAUAUUCAACAACAUUGGGAAUCUAUAUAGAAUUCAGGGAAAGCUAGAGCCGGCAGAGCAGAUGUACCAGCGAGCAUUGCUGGGCAGGGAGAAUGCCCUCGGUCUUGAACACACGUCCACUCUUGGUACAGUCACUAACCUUGGCAACCUCUACAAGGAUCAAGGAAAGCUACUGCUGGCAGAAGAGAUGUACCGGCGAGCCCUGACAGGCAAAGAGAAGGUCCUCGGCUUAGAGCACAUGUCUACACUCAACACUGUCGGCAACCUUGGGCUUCUCUACAAAGAUCAAGGGAAGCUUAAAAAGGCAGAGGAGAUGUACCAACGAGCACUGGCAGGGUUUAAGAAAACACUGGGCUCAGACCAUAAUAAGACACGGUGGGUUAGGGGCAAAUUGGAUGAGCUAAACAUACAGAUGGAACGUGGUGGAUAG